AUGCGAUUCCCAAAGCUUCCGGCGAAAGCCGCGUACAUCCAUCUGGAGAACCCAGCAAGACGCAAUGCGCUGAGUCUGGAAGUGCUUGAAGAUCUCCGCACGCAGCUCCUCUCGCAUCUUACGUCACCAUCAUCAGGCAGGGUCCUCACCCUGCCUCCCUUCAAACCUUCCAUUCUGCAGGGGCUCGAGAGCGCGAGCCACGCGUCUGACUCGGGCAACAGGUGCUCGUCAGGGUACAGCUGGCUCCUCGACGCCGCAGAGUGGAACCGAGAGCGAGCCGGGCUGCCGAACGUUCUCGUACUCCGCAGCAGCGCCGGGCCAGUCUUCUCGUCCGGCCACGACCUCAAACAAUUAGCCUCGCUCUCGCAUCUCGAGCUGAAGCGCACGUUUGCCCUCUGCGCCGAAGUCAUGUCUCUCAUUCGCCAGAGCCCGGCACCCGUCGUCUGUCCCAUCCAUGGUCUCGCGACCGCCGCCGGGCUGCAGCUCGCGCUGUCCACGGAUUACCCCAUCGCCCUCUCCACCACGAAAUUCCAGCUUCCUGGCGCGAGCAUUGGGCUGCCGUGCACGAGCCCCGCGACGGCCGUAUCCCGGCGUCUGCCACCGGGGCAGGCAUUUCGGCUUCUCCUCACCGCCGAAGCGGUCGCUGCUAGCGAGAUGCGGGGUGCCGUCGAUGUGGUCCCGACGCCCGAGCACGCAGAAUCCACGGACACAGCGGCUGCCGCCUUUGAGGGUCGCGUUGCGGAGGUGGUGGAGCGGCUUGCGGGGUCGGCGGGUCAGCCGAUGGCGCUUGGGAAAUGGGCUUUUUGGACGCAGCUCGGCAUUAAGGGUGACGAUGCUGAUGGAAGAGGAGGCGAUGGUUAUGAGGAUGCGGCGAGCUGGGCAGGACGAGUUAUGGUGCUCCAUGCCCGAGGCGCCGAUGCAAAGGAAGGCAUCGAAUCCUUCACCGACAAGCGCAAGCCGCAAUGGCAGACUUGA